AUGGCACCAGUGAAUGUCAACCCAGUGCAGGUCGCAUGGCGCACUGCAUUUCUAUGUUCUUAGAUCCAGAAGCCUGACUAGGGAUUGUGUAAAUGCAGGGCUUUAGCUCUGGCGGUGAUUGGACGGGAGUGCCUGAAAUGACGUUAUACUUUUUACUCCAAUAGGAAUGGAACAGUUAUAAUCCUCUCAUUUGCAUAACACCAUUAUAAAUAGAGGGGGUAGGCGCCAUUUUCGAUGUUGUUGUGCCACGGAAGCACAACGUUAAGGAUGCCUGAGCCGGCGAAAUCUGCUCCAGCACCGAAGAAGGGCUCCAAGAAGGCUGUCACUAAGACUCAGAAGAAAGGUGAUAAGAAGCGCAAGAGAGCAAGGAAAGAGAGCUACUCGAUCUACGUGUAUAAGGUGCUGAAGCAGGUGCACCCCGACACGGGCAUCUCGUCCAAGGCCAUGGGCAUCAUGAACUCCUUCGUCAACGACAUCUUCGAGCGCAUCGCCGGCGAGGCGUCGCGCCUGGCGCACUACAACAAGCGCUCCACCAUCACGUCGCGGGAGAUCCAGACGGCCGUGCGGCUGCUGCUGCCCGGCGAGCUGGCCAAGCACGCCGUGUCCGAGGGCACCAAGGCUGUCACCAAGUACACCAGCUCCAAGUAAAAGGAUAUUAAAAUUAAAAACCAAACGGCUCUUUUAAGAGCCAC